GACAAAAUCUGAAGUGCUUGAAUGUAUGUUCCACUGCUUUCAUCAUGGGACCUCGCCAUUGUUGGCAGCGAAUUCAAAUGAGUCAGUGUUUGUUUAAGUGACAGUUUUUAGAUGCCAUUUAACUUCUGUGCAUACGUGAUCAUCCGACAGUGUACUUUUGUUUCGGUUCAAGGCCUUUUUUGUUUCCUCGGUAGCCAAAGCAGAGUCCAUUUUUACCAACCAAUCUCUCCAAUGGCAACUGAGACCCUGAAUGUCAGUGACGGCACCACCAUGCAGAUUGCUCGCUUGCCCGACAUUGAUGAUGAGACCUGGGCUGAAGUCAAGGACUAUGUGGAGAAGAACCCUGAGACUGCCAAGGCUCUCCAAAACUUUGCCAAAAACCCGGAAGCAAUGCGGGGUUGGUUGCAGACUCAGGCCAUCGCCGAGCACUACAACACCAAGCUCUCCAAUGGCGACACCCCCGUGCAAGAUAGAGUGAAGUCUUUGGAGUCUGAUGCAGAGCUGGGCCCCAUUUUCGAGGACAUCAAGAAGAAUGGCGUGGAGGCAGCCAUGAAGUACUACCAAGACGAAGAGUUGAUGCUGAAGAUCAGUCAGAAGAUGGGUGGAUUGCCAUCCGAGUUGUCACCGGUCUUGCAGAAGAUCGAGGACACGCCGAUGACUUUGCACGAGGCGGCCAAGCGGGGUGACCUGACCGCGGUGAAGACCUUUUUAGAAAAGAAGAAGCCACUCGAUUCCCAGGACCACAAGGGCGUCACGGCUUUGGGUUAUGCUAUCGGUGCCAACCGCAUUGCCGUGGUCAAGCUUCUGUUGGACAACAGGGCCAAUCCUUAUGCAGUUGACAGCUCCGGCAACAGUGGUCUCCACUAUGCAGCCGGAUAUGGCCGAAAGGAACUUUUGGAGUACCUUCUGAAGGUGGGUGCGAACGUCAAUCAGCCCAAUGCGGAGGGUCUCACACCUUUGGCUGCUGCAACGCAGAAUCGGCAGGAAGCAACCAUGCAGGUUUUGAAAGCCCAUGGUGCACAGUGACAAUAAGGCUGUGCUGAACCUGGACUACAGAACCUUCAUG